AUGAAGUUGGGGACUUUGUUGCUUCAGUUACUAUCAGAAGCUCUUGGUUUAAUAGAUUUUGGUUGUGCUGAUGGCUUAUUUGCUAUAGGCAAUUAUUGUCCACCUUGUCCUGAACCAGAAUUAACUAUGGCAACUAUAACACAUGCUGAUGCUGAUUUCAUCACAGUGCUACUACAAGAUCAUAUAGGUGGCCUCCAAGUUCUUCAUAAGGAAAUUUGGAUCGAUGUACCUCCUCUACCUGGGGCUCUAGUUGUUAACAUUGUGUUGAAAUCGGCUAACGGUGUUGCAGUAGAGCAGAAGGAGGUGGCUGAAGAGAGUAUUGUUGCUGCAAUGAGUAUUAUUGCAGAGGAUCAACAACAAGAUGAUGUGGUAGCUGUGCACACUUAG